AGCCCGCACUUUUCUAUCUCUGCAGCCGUUUCAAGGGUUCUGAUCAUCCGGGAGAGACCAGGUUACGUAGAAGGCUCUGUGGGAACCGCUCAGGGUCUAGCAGAAUGGACGAAGACGCUAUCAACAGCGAGGAAGAGGCUGCGGAACCAAUGGAAGAAGAGGAAGAACAAGCGACUGAGAGUACUUCUGCACCGCUACAACAGCAGCAGCCCCAGGUGAUGGGGUUCACGACGAGGGCCGAGCUGGGUCGUCACGCUAGCGGGCUGCAGUUGGUUCGCACAAAACUGUCCGACCUCGUACCGAGAACCAACUUGGACGAUUCGUAUGCGGGCGGAAAAGUCGUGAGCACGUAUUCGGGCCAGCUGACGCAGGGCAGCGUUGUCGUUCUCUUGCAAGACGACCCGAGGAGCGAGCGCUACGCUGAGUGCGCCAUCAGCGGAGACGUUACGCGGUUACUCCCGCGCUCUGCAGAGCUGGGCUGCAGCGAGUUGUACGUGCACGGAACUGGAGUGCGGGUGGGCGCCGCAGUAACGGACUGCAGUCAGGAGAUGGAGGUAGGGAUCUCAGUAGACGGGGAAGAGGGGAAGAUAUGGAUCGUCAACAGGGAUGCAAGAAAUCCUGGUUUUCUUCCGUCACGGAGUCCGAGUGAGUUCCAGGGCAGGGGAGGCAACACGAAGAAGGCGAGACGUCGGCAGCAAAUGAAAACCGGGCUAGAGAGUGGGAGGUUGAGUGGGAGGUUGCUGGCACCAACUGCGAGCAACGUCGCUCAACCCCAUACGAGUGUUAAAGUCCCAGUACCUGAACCAUUGGCUGCCACUACUGACCCACCCACUGCCCGACAAGAGCCAAGAGCUCUCACGCCAGAAUCCUCAACUGCUAUAUCCCAAGUGGCCACACACUAUGCCACCGGUCCUAGUCCCCAACCCAGUCACCAACAAACAGAAAACCCCACCUCAAUUCCUUCAAAUGAAAUUCGGUCCGUCCGUACGGCUGAAGAGGAAGAAGAGGAAGAAGAUAGGGAGGAGGAGGAAAAUGAAGCGGGAGAUGUGUUAUCAUCAUCGGAGGAUAUUUUAUCCUCCAGUGAUGAUGAAUCGCUUGGUUCUAUAGGUAGCGAAGGACAAGGGCAGGGACAGGACAGAACACUGUUCCCUUACUACCAAACCAGCACGAGGCAGAACCAGAGCUACUCGUACACAAAGUUGUCGGAAUUAGAAGCGGGUCUGCAAAAAGUGAACGUCUUUGGCGUGGUUACCGAUUUCCAGCCGCCCUUCCAGACAAAAGGUCGCGAUUUCUGCUCCAUUGUCAAUAUCACCGACGAGAGUUUGCCCGAGAGAGAAGCACUCAAAUGCACCUUUUUCCACUCGAACCAAGAUCGGCUCCCUAAAGUGAAAAAGGUCGGCGAUGUCGUUUGUUUCCAUCGAAUCAACAUCAAGCUCUACCCGUCGGGUGUCCAAGGGAUCGGACAGAAUUUCACCAGCUGUCUGUCUUUCCCCGGACAUCUAGGCUCAAAGGUCAAACCUCUUACCGGAUCUGUUUCUUACACGUUCACACCCCAAGACCGAAGGCGUGUCGAAGAGUUGAGACUGUGGAUAGCACGGAAAUCACAGAGGGUCAACCCUUUCUUGCGGCUGCUCAAAGAUAUCGCAAUCGACGUCGAUUCAUCGGAUUUGGUCUGCCAGGUUUUGUCAAUUUCACGGCAGGUGUCAACGUCAGGGCCUCCUAAUGCUGUUCUCAGUGUCUGGGACGGAACUCAGGCAAGACACCGCAGCCUUGCUCUCGACCUGUCUACUUAUGAAACCACGCAGGUUGCCGAUUCUGAACUGCUGAGGUUUUCCGAUCGUUACUCAGAGAGUGUAGUCCUCUACGGACGAGAACUGGUGGAGAGCCUUGCAGCUAUCAAACCAGGUCGGUUUGUCUGCCUUCAGGACGUGCAGGCAAAGCUGCACUCUGACCAGUACAAUUCAUUCAAGGAAACUUUCAGCGCCGUCGAGUUGAGGCUGCAGCCAUCCGAAAACACUACCGGUAGCAGAGAGGCAAGAGUCAGAGUCCUUUCGUCUGAGGAAAUUGAGGUCUUUGAGCUCAAAAACCGACUGAGGAAAUGCAGGAAAAGCCCGAGUGUACAUUUCAGACCCCUCCCUCCCGACAUAGUCUCCUCUGGGAUCACCGACACACCCCACAGUGAGCACCAGCAACCUGUCCCGCUCAGUGCACUCGGGAAGGUCGAAGACACUCCUGCAAAGUUUCUGUCCAUCGUGAAAGUUCUGGGGAUCGAGCCUUGCUCCGUGGAAGGGAUGGUUCAACUUCGCUGUCCCAUCUGCAAAAACAAAACGGCCGUCAGGGAAAACUUGCCCAACACUGCCAUCUGCACGUUAUGUCCGAGGGAGAAGAGAAAAAGAAAGAGGAAAGCUCCAACUCUACAGCCCACGUACUUCUUCAAGCUGGAGCUGGCAGACGAGACGGGUCACGUGAAGGCCCAUGUUAGUGGAGCUCAAGCUGCUAGGUUUCUGUCGGGGUGCCCGCCAACAGUUUUCCACAGACAUCCGCAGCAGAGGAUGGCUCUGCUAGAACAGCUCUACGCGCUGACCGGAGACAACGAUCCUUUCGAUUCCGACUCUGUCGCCUUCCCGCGGCCGUGGGUCGCUGUGUGUUUGGUCUCGAUGGCCGGUGGUACCAGUACUAGCUCUUCUGGUACCAGUGGAGAUGUGACUUAUCACUUGUUUGAUACCAUACUCAAGCAAAGGGCCUAAAACCAAAGUCAUUAUACCUAGUAGAGUCUUUAUUAUACACAUUUUAUGUAUCACACCAUAUGCACGUGCAGAGUGUAUACAAGCCACUUAUGUAGAUUUACGCACGUGUUUUUCAUCAAGACUAUAAAAGUUCC